AAUUAAUUCGUGAUCUUUUUUUUCAUAAAUUUAAUACUUAUUUAUAAAAUUAUUUACAAAUUUACAAAAAAAUAAAAUAUAAUUUAAUUUAAUUUCUAUAUAUUUAGAUUAGGAAAAUUUCUGGCAUUGUAAUGUAGUAAUAUCAUUUAUAAUUUAAUAUGUCGUUUACCAAACAAAAUUAUAUGUUAAAUGUGAUAGUAUUAUAUUUAAUACUAUUAUUUAAGAUUAUGUUAUUAAUAUUAUUAAUUUAGAUUUUGUUUUGCUAAUGAUAGAAAUUUUUAAAAUUCAAUGAUUUUCAAAAAUCUAAAUAUAGCGGAUAUAAGACUUGAAUUUAAGAUAAAAUUAUUUAAUUAAUUAAUCGUGAAAACUACGAAUUAAUUUGUACUUUUAAUAUAUAUAUAUUAAAAAAAUAUUUUUAAAAAUAUUUUUUUUAGAUUAAAAAUGUAAUAUGUCAAAUGUUUUUUUUUCAUGAUAAAGCUUGAUAAAGCCGAAUGCAAUCAGUAAAAAUAUCAGUAAAAAUAUAAUACGUGAAUAAUAUGUGAAACAACAUCAAAACCAAAUAGAAUUUCUUGCAAUAUAAUAGUUUAUAUUAAUUAUGAGAAUUUUUUAUACUUAGAAAGUAUAAAUAUAUUCUUCGCUAUUUUCGCGUCAUGAGUAUUCAUUUGAGUUUGCUUUAAGGUCUGCAUCGUAACGAACAUUCUCGCGAUAAAAAAUAGGGACAAAAUGAAAAAUCACUAUGAAAUAAGUAAACGAUUUGUUUCGUUGUAUAUUACAUUCAGUAUCAGCAUAUAACUGUAAAUUUAUGAACUAGCAAGCCAAACACAACGGAUAUAAGAGAAUUUCCGCUUUUGAGGACUGACUUUUUUAUGUCAUAAAUAAAUAAUAAUUAUAAUAAUAAAAAUAAUGAUAAUAAUAAUAAUAUUAAUAAUAAUAUCAAUAAUGAUAAUAUAAAAAAUAAAUAAAGAUGUGCGUUUGAAUUGCUAUUAUAAUAAUAAUAAUAACAAUAACAAUAACAACAACAAUAAUAAUAAUAAUAAUAAAAGUAAUAAUAAUAAUAACAAUAAUAAUAAUAAUAUAUUUUAAGGCAUGUUUUCAUCCUGCGUGUUUGGCCAAGAUUUUCUAUUGUUUAUGAAAAAAAUUAUUUGUGUUGUGAUAAUGUUGAUCUUGAUGACCGAUGUUCAUUGAAAUGAUAAUUGAUUAAAAAUUGAAAUGAUUAUCAAUAAUAGGAUCAAGAAAAAAUAUUGAGCUUUUACAUUCGAAUACUCAUUUAUAAGUGAUCACUCAGAUUUUCUUUUUAAGUUUUGUAAUAUAAACUAAAAUUUAUCUAAAGAAAAAUGAUAGAUACUGGGAAUUCUUUAAGAUAUCAAAUAUUACUAUGAAUAAACAUGAAUAUCUAUAUUAAGUAAAUAAGUAAAUAAAAAUUGAUUCGAGUGUGAAAGCUUAAUUAGUAAUUAACCGGAAAUUAGAAAUUAUGUUUUAUUUUCAUUUAAUUUUAAUAUGUAAUCUGCCAACAUAAUCGAUAAUAACAUGAAAAAAAAAAUAACAAUUGAUAAAUUUGAAACUAAAACGUAUGAUAUAACAAUAUAAAUCAUUAUUAUUCUUAGUGACAUAAAUAAUUACUAAAAAUAGAAUUAUCGAUUCUAAAAAUUUUCAGCGUAUAUUUUUUAUUAUGAUCAUUAUUUUUACUUGAUAAUAGAUUGGCAGUCAAUGUACUAAAUGUGAUGCUUGAUAGUGAAUCGAUGAGUCUCAUGCAAAUAAUAAUAAAAAAAAAAAUCAUAAAAAAUAAGAUUCUAAUAUCAUCAUAUUUUGAUGAUAACUUAGACAAUGUUAAGUCUAUAUAAAUUCAAAAGAAAGAAUCGAAAGAAUAUAUGUGAUUGUCAGUCGAAUUAUAAAUCAACCGUAGACAUAUCGUAGAACAUGACUAUUUCAAAGAGAUAGUAUUACCGUUGUUUCGUUGAUAAUUUUUAUAGAUUUUAUUGUACCGUGACCGCAUCGCGUGCUCUUGCUAAACUCAUUUAGUUGCUAAAAAGUAAAAAUAAACAAUUAACUUAUUAAAAAAACAGCAUCACUGAUAAAUUUGUUAAAUAUCUAUAAUAACCCAAUAUUGUUUUGUUUGUCAAAAAUGUUAUAGUUUCUUAUUUAUCAAAAUGUAUUGGAAAAUGCAUUGCUUCUGGAAAAUAAUUCAAAAGUUUAAUAGAGUUUAUAGUAAAAUAUCUAGGAAAUCUUUUCCACAAUUUAAAAGAAAAUUAAUAUUUCCUGUUUUUCUAAUUAAUUAUAAUUAAAUCUUAAUAUUAAAUUGUCUAAUAUUUUAUAUUCAAUAUUUAAUAAAAAUUUAUAUUAAUUGUGGAAUUAAAAAAAAUAAUAAAAAUUAAAUAUGGAUUUUAAUUAAAUAUUUUAUAUUAUUUUUUUUAUAUUAGAAAUUUAUAUAUAGAUGUAAUUAUUUUAUAGAAUUAUUUUAGGAAAUUGAAUGAUUCAAAAAAUAGAAUAAAUAUCUAUUUAUUAAAUAGAAAUAAUAUAUAUAUAAAUUGGUAUAAUUAUUAGACAAAAUUAAUAAUCUAAAAAAUAUAAAUUCUCUAGAAAAAUUAAUAUCGAUCUUUUAAAAUUUACAAAUAAUAUUUCUAAAUUUUAUGUUUUCUAUAAUACUUAAAAAUAAUCUUAGAAGUUUCACGAGACGCGGCCAUGUUUAACCAGGGCUAUUUUUCUAAGUUGCAAAGCAUAAUAAAUAAUGUUAUAUUAUCGUUAUUACACAUUCAUUGAAUCAAAUCACCAGAAAUAAAGUCACAUGAUCAAAAUCUAGGGAAAUCAGGGUCAACAAUUUUUAUAUAAAAUAGAAAGCUAUUUUUUUCACACAUUAAUUCAUUCACAAAAUUAUUCAUUGUUAAUUACAUUAAGAUUAACAUAAACAUCAAAACAAAGAACAUAAAUUGUUGAAAUAAAAAUUGUUAAAUAGAAUCCAUUUUCAAAAAAUAAUCAAUACUUGUAGAUAAAGUUGAUGUUCAAUGAAUAUUUUAAAUUUAUAUGAAUCAAUAAGGCUAAUAUUUUAUUACUUAAUAUUUAAUUUAUAGCACGUCAUUUACUUUGUUUCAGAUGAUUUGAUCCUGUGAAUGAUGUAUAGUAUAUAUUAUAUUGUAUAUUAAUAUUUUAACUAGCCGAAUAUGUAAUUAUGAGAUAAUAUUCAAACAUAGUAAAUGAACUGCAUGGCUGCAUAUAAAUAUGUAGAUAUCUUUGCAAUAUCAACUAAAUCGUGCCGGUUUGCACUUGAGAUCAGUGCAUGCGCGCACUGCGACGCAUUUAUUAGCCUGAUAAUUAAAAUUGAAAUAAAAACAAAAAAGUAUGAACGAGGAUUAGAAAAUUGUAGAAUAUGAUUUUUUCGAGUUACAAAUAUGCGAUUUGAAAUUCCAGUGUCGAUUGAUUCGAUCGAGGAAGUACAACGGAUAUGAAUUAGUCAAAGAAAAGACAAGUCCUAGAUGCAUGUAAUACAAAGCUGGAAUCACGUUAAUAUAAAUAAUGUGCUGUGUGUGCGCGCGCGCGUUGUGUGCAUGAAUGAACAAGAAUAAAAAAUAAUAUGAUUACGGUGUUGGUUUUUGACCAGAGAACAAAAUUAAAAAUAUAAAUCGUUCUGUCAGUCACCUUACAUAUUAUAUAACAUCAUAUUACUAUGCUGCCAUAUAAUAUAAAUAUAUGUUUACAAUUAAUAUAGAUUAAAAAAUAUUUUAAAUGGCGCUUUCCGUGAUUAAAUAGUUUUGUAGUUUGUUAAACUAGUAAAAGAUGAUUUAGUGAUCAAUUGCGCUGUAGAGGGGAGUAUAACUUACCUACAGACUUAUCAUAUAGUUUAACACAUAACCUCAAUGUUGCAAUGUCUAAAAUUUUUAGAAAUUUUUGUGGAAAUGUAUAAAGUGUAUGAUAUUGGAUUUUUAUAUUCUUUGUGAUUCAUCAAAUUAUUCAAUUUUUCUUUCUCUUUAACUUUACAAUUAUUUAAACAUGUAAGCCUACAUUUUGAGGUUAUGAAUGAAUUUCAUUAUUUAUAAAAAAAUAUAUUUUUCUUUUAUAUAUAUUUUUAUUGUCUGUAACAUAAUUUAUGUUUUAUUAUGAAGCGACGUCAAAGAAGACCUGUUUUAGAACUUAAUCAAUCUCAAUCUGGUUCUCAUGAAGAAUAUAUACAAAAUAAACGCAAACAUAUAAAUAAUGAUUAUCAAGGACAAAAUGUACCUGUUAAUCCAUUGGCAAAUUUACUUUGUCACUAUAAUUCAGAUAGUGAUACUGAAGAUUCUAAGAAAGAUUAUAAAUUAGAUGAUCAGGUUAAUAAUUUUUUUAAAGAAAUUCAAUUGAUUGCGCCUAAGCAAUCACUUUCAAAGGAAUCUAAUAAUGUUGCCUUAACAACAAAUUCUAAUAUACACUUAUCACACCAUAUAAAGCAACAAGCAUUCAUGUGGCGUGAAUGUUUAGAUGAAUCUUCAGGUUAUCCUUACUAUUGGCAUAUUGAAACUAAUGAAGUAACAUGGGAAAUGCCAGAUGAAUUGCGAUAUUUAAAAAAUAAUGUUAAAACAAGUUCUGUUAUAAAAUCACAACCAAUGCAAGAAUCUCAUUGGGUUGAUUUUUCAUCUAUUACAUACCAACAACCUCAUGAAAAUAUACCAGAAGGUAUGAUACCAAGAGAAGUAGUAGCUCGAAAUCGUAAUAGAUAUAUUUGCAAUGAAACUUUCCAAAAGCAAGAAUUUCAAAUUGAUCAAGAUACUGCAAAUACAUCUGAUACCAUGGAUAACGAUUCUGAUGAUGGGAAGAUAGAAAUGAUUACAUCUUAUGGGAGUGAUGAAAGUGAUUCAGAUACAACUGAUGACAAUUUAUUAAAAAAUAAUACAUCUUCUAUAGUUGAAUCAAAGAAUAUAGAUUCAGUAGUAAAAUUAAAAUGCAAUGAAAAAUAUUCUUUGUCACUUCCUUUAAUGCAAUCACAAUUAAUUUCUCAAAAUAUAAAUCAUAAAUAUGAAGAAAAAGACAAUGUAGAAGAAUCAGUAACAGAAUUAUUAGAUUUGAAAUCAAUUGAAGGAACAGAAAUGAAAUACUUAAAAAACCAAACUAAACAACAAAAUGUAGUUCAAAGAAUAAAUGAAUGUGUGGAUAAUCUUAAUGAUAGUCGAUUUAUUAUAAAAUCUAUAACAAAAAAAAAUAGCAAACAUAAUGUUAAUUCUGAUGUAGAUUUUCGCAUUUCUUUGGUACCUGGUUAUGAUGAAGAUUCAGAUGUUGAAGAAGAAGUUAAACAAGAAAAGAAAGCUCUAUUUCCAAUUCCACAAAUUGAUGAAAUCACAGAAAAUGUAUCAUCACAUAAAAGUACACUUGAUGAUCAAACAAUAAAUAAUAAUGAUGAUAUUAAUAUUGAAAGAAAAAAUAUACUAGAACAAAAUAACGAAGACAUUUUGGAAAAAUUGGAAUGUAGAGACGAUUCCGGAACUAAAUCAGAAGAAGAUAUACAAAAAGGAAACAAAUUUAUCGAUAAUUUGCACAAUCGAAAUAAAUAUUUUCAAAGAAAAAAACGGAUUGCAUUUGAUGUUCCAUCUACAAAAAUAAAAAUAAAUGAUAAUAAUGAAGCAAGUAAAUCGGAAGGAGACAUACAACGCGAAGAAAUAAAUUCUUCUGAUGAACAUUUUAAUGAAGUUCGAAUUGGUCAACAAGAAGAAUCUAAUUCUGUAAUUGAAAAUGUAGAAGAAAAUAUUUCAAAUUUCAAAAAUGAAUUGAAUAUCGAAGAAGAAAUGAAUAAUUCAGAAUCAAAUAAUGAAUCUAAAGAAAAUGAAGAAGAAGUUAAUCUAUUAUCACAAAUCAUACUUGAGAAAUUGAAAUUUUUAUCGGAAGGAAAACCAGAUGUAUUGCCAGUUCAGUUAAUGUCUAUUCAAUUACAAACAUUGUUUGUUGCAUGGGAGGCAGGUUGUUUAGAAAAGAAUUAUUUGCGAAAAUGGUUGUGUGACACCAGUCACGAAUUGGAACGCUUGGAACAAGAUGCAGCACCAUCUGGAUGGCUAUGUCAGUGGGAUAGGUCGCAUAAGCGAUAUUAUUACCAGAACACUACCACUGGAAUUACACAAUGGACCUAUCCAGAUACAAGCAUCGCCGGUGGAGCUGAAGAAAUGGAAAUUUGUUCCACACCUCCUCCAAUGGAACAAGAAGAAAUUAUUAUACCUGAAGAAGAUGGAUUGAGAUCAAAGCCAAAGGAAUCACAGGAGAGUGGUGAGAUAGCUGAAGAUAUGACAAUUCUAAGGAACAAUGACAUAGAAGCUCCACCUCCACCUCAAAUUUCAAAUCCAAGCCCACCUCCGCCGCCAAGAAUUUAUGCGGAAGAUUUAAAAAGAGAUAAGAGAAAACAAGAUAAAUGCAAUGAAAAUUUAAAUGACAAAAAACAUUUGGGAGAAGAGAGAACAGCAAUUACAGAAAUAAAGCAGUUGGAAAAUUCUACUGCAUUAUCAUCUGCCUUAUUAUCACCUCAACCUUCUAAUCUUGUAAAUGUAACUAGCGCGGAACCUCUGCCGCCAGGAGUAGAUUUAACCGAAGCACCUUACGAAAUAUCUGCAACAGCAUUAAAAAGAAUUAUAUAUAGUGCUGUGCAACCACCAGGUAGUGCUCUUUAUGAUACAACUGCAAGAGAUCCAACAGUUUCUAUUCUAAGUCAUCCAGCGGCAAUAGUACAAGAACAUUAUCUUCAAUAUCCAACAUAUCAUCAACAUUUGCAUGCUCCAGCGGCCUUAGUACUUCCACAUAAACAUAGUGUGCAGCCUGCAAUUCAAUUAAUACCUGACUAUACUCCAAUAUAUACAAAUCAUAAAGUUAUUGAAAAACCGCCAGUUAAAACAGCAAAGGAAUCUCUUGUAUCUGCUUUAGAUUCAUUUUAUAAUGAUAUUGCACGCAUAGAAAAUGUUGAAGCAGAAAAAAUUUCUCAAAGACAAGAAAAUCCAGUGGAAGUAUCUUCUUUAUCAAUAGAAGAAGUAAAAAUGGAAACAGAACAAGAAUCUAUUCCUUUUGAAACUACUAUAAAAGAAAAAAAAAGAAAAAGGACAAGAAUCGGUAUUAGUAAGAAACAUAAAGAAGUGUCUAGUAUGGUAGCAAAAUGGCAAAAAGUACAACAGAAUUUUGAAAAUACAUAAAUUGCUGCAACUUGGUGAUAUUUAAUUCAUUCAACACAAAUAGCGCACUAUACUUUUUUCAGUAUAGUGUUUCUGUACCUGUAAUUAAUAUUAUUAUCCUACGCACUUUUUUUUAUCUUUAAAAUUCAAGAAAUUUAACAAACGAAAUGUGAAAAAUAAUGUAAAAAUAAACAGUUUCUGAAAAAUAAUGUAAAUUUCAAAGUAGAACACAUUUUUUUUUUUAUUUUUGUGUAGAAAGUAUAAACUGAUUAGUUUGAUGCUCAAUUAUAAAAGAAAUACAUUAUCAUGAUUUAUAAGUAUUUGAAAUAAAAAGUAUUGUAAUUUAAUCAUAUACAAUUCCAUUAUUUUUACAUAUUUAGUUUUAUAUUAUAUACUUUUCAAAAUUUAAAACUUCAUUAAUCUUCACUGAAUCAUAAAAUCAUAAAAGAAAAACAGAGAAAAUGACAAUUGCAAAAAAAAACAGCUAGAAAAUUUUGCUAUCCUCUAUUUUAUUAUAUUAUUAUAGUUUUAGCCUUCCAAUCUUACAAAAUCUUAAAAAAUAAUUAAAAUGAUGAUUUUGAUAAUGAUUUUUAUUUUAUAAAUAUUGAAAAAUAAAUAUAUUUUUAAAAUAAUAAAUUUUGUCGCCUCUUAAAAGUAUCGAAAAUUAUAGAGUUCGAAUUAAUCACAUAUUUUUAAAGUAAGUUUAUUUUUAAAAAUGGUGGCUAUUUGUUUGUUUAAAGUUUUAAAAACAAAUAAAAUAAAAUAUUUUAAUCAUCCUUAGAUAUUUUCGUAAUUAAAAAAUUUUAAGGAAAUUAUUGGAAUUCAGUAUAAUUGCAAAAAUUUAUUUAUAAUAUUAUAUUCGUUAUAUAAUUUUAUUUGUAAUAAUAUGUAUAUAUGUGAUUAAUAAAAAAAGAAAUAUGUAUAUAUAUAUAUAUAUAAAAUUUUAAAUUCAUAGUUAUUUAAAUCUUUAUUUUUAAUUUCAAUUCUAUGAAAAUUUAAAUGUAAAUGAAAUUAAAUUACAAAUUUUUAAUUAAAAAAAAUUAUAUUAUUUAAAGUUUUUAAUUUUAAAAAUAUUUAAAUUUAGUUAGGUUUUUUGAAAAAGUUUAUCAAAAUCAUAAGUGAAUGGUUGUAUAAUCCAAUUUAUUAUUAGAUAAUAUAAUGGGAAAAAAAUAGAAAAUAUAAUGAGUACUUCAAAUAUUAGUGACAAAAAAAUAGUAUCUGAAUUACGAAAAAAACUCACACAGGAUCCAAAUUUAAUCAAUCCUUGUUUAGAGGAAUAUAAUUUUACUGCAAAAUGUUUAGAAAAAAAUAAAUAUGAUUAUAAUAAAUGUUUAUUAUAUGUUGAAAAUUAUAAAAUCUGCAAAAAAUUUUGGGCAAAGAUAAUAAACUAUCGAAAGAUAAAAAAUAUAAAACCCUAUAUUCCUUUACCAGAAGAACGACAAAAAAUAAAAGCAGAAUAUUUACAAUCGGAAAAUAAAUAAUGUCUCUUACAUAAUUUUGACAUGCUUUGAUUUGACAAGAAUUGUAAUCAUAUAAUAGAUUUAAAUUUUUUAAUUUUUAUUAUAAAAAAUUAAUUCACUCUUAUUAAUUAAAUAAUAAUAACUUAUUAAAAUUUGCCAAAAUUUGAUGAACUAAUAUUUUACUAAUAUGUUUGUUCAUUUAGAUUUAUUAAGAUAUUAUUAAAAUUUAUUAUAAAACAUUUUUUUUUUAAAUAUAUUAAUUUAUAGUUUAAAUUUGUAUAAAUAAUUAAAAACAAAAAUGUCUUAAGUCAAGUUUAUUAUCAUUGCUUAAUUUAAAUUAAUUUCUAGGUUCAAGAAUAAAAUACUUUUUUAUAAUUAUUAUAUUCAUAAAAUGAAGUUAAUAAUGAUAUAAUGAUCAUUCAUUUAAAUUACAUAUAUAUAAUUUUAUAGUUACAGUUUAAUUAUAGUUAUCAAAUAAAAUAAACAUAUAAUUGUAUUUUGCGUUUUUAAUUAUAUUAUCAAUAGAUUAAAAAUAUAUAAAUAAAAUGUACAUAUAACUUUUAGGAAUAAACAAAAUAUAAUUUAUGUAAAA